UUAUUAUGCAAUGAAGAUGUACUUUACAUUCUUGAUGUGCCUUCUCUUCUUCAGCCUGCCUUGUCUUUCUUUUCUCCUGUUUGUGAUUUCUUGCAUUUCCCAGAAUGACUGCUGACAGCCUCCAGAGUACAUGGCUAAACUUCUUGCAUUCGGCUGUGGGUUACAUGUGCUGUAGGUAGUGUAGGUGGAGAGAGCUCGCUGGUAUUUUAGGUAACUGAACAUCUCUGUGCUGUCAAACCCAUUAGAGCUGCCCUGAAAAUAUCUCAUCCUUAUAUGCAACAAAAUGCAUCCAGAAUUGUACGGUGCAUUGCCAGGAUCUGCUUUUUAAAAAUGUUUAUGUUAUUUUAAAUCAUUUUGGUUGAUUUGUUCGUUUUAGUUUUGUUUGAAGAGUCAUCUAGCGUUAUAGAUUUAUACUUUUUAGUACUGUGGCUUUGGCUUUCUCAAAUUGUGACAGUUCUGGUGUUAGAUAACAGGAAAUUCAGUCUUCUUUACUGUAAUUCAUCCACAAAUGACAUUGAAUCUUCAUAUUUUGACAUUGGACAUUCAGUCUGGGUCAGACAGGAGCAAGGCUGCCUCACUGUGUGACAGUGAGACAAAGGAGUGAAGUGGCGCAUUGAAAAUAAAAGGCAUGUGACAAUAGGCAUGACAUGCCGGGUGAUAACUGGUACAGCAUUACUGUAAAUGUCAGUGGGUCAGUGAUAGCAGAGCACAGCCGCCCACCUCCCCCCCAUCAGCUCUUUGGCAGGUGACAGAGGAGGAAACUUGAUCAUUGGGUCUUCCAGAGGGUAGCUGAGGGUAGCCAGACUUCCAGUCGAUCCGGGCUGGAUGCAGCUACAGCCGGCCAGAGUUACCUAUUAUGGCGGGGGGGCGAGGAGCAGCAGAGAUCAGGGCCGGAGCGACAGAGAUGGGGAAACUUAGGCAGCUGAGGCAGAUGGUGGGAGCAGUGAAGACUGAGGAGGUGGUGGUGUUUAAACCCCAGGCACAGACGAUUCAUAAACAGUUACAGACCAUUGUUCGAGGGAACCGGCCACCCAAAGAUGCGUCCAUCAAUGGCCUGUUGGAGGAGUUUGACAACAUCUCAGUAACACGCUCCAACUCCCUGCGUAAAGAGAGUCCACCAGGCCCCCACCAGGCUGGAAGCAGCUCCAAACCUUCCAGCAGUGGUCAUCCCAAUGCCCCGGAGGAGAAUGGAUUCAGCCAUUACUACUCCCGCUACUCUUGUGACCUAGACACCUCCAGCAGGGACUUCUCUCUUGAUCCCAGCAGGCCAGGCUUCUCCAUAGAUGGGGACUGGGCAGUUGGGAGGCACUAUCGAUUCACCAAGCAGAAUGGUCACUCACACCCCAUACGCAGCCCCUUCUACCCGGAUGCCAUGCCCCAAAAAUCAGACUAUGGCAAGCUUCCCCCGGACUACCACACAUACCUGGAGAGCAAAGGGCGCUCAGCAGAUGAGGUAGCCUCCACAGUGGGGAGUGGGGUGGGCUCCAGCGGUUACUAUCGGGCGUCUGUGGGUGGCUCAUCCAGUCAGGACUACCGAGACACUUCAGUAGGCACGCCAUCUCGUGCCUCACUACACAGUGAGCAGAUCAACUACCCAGACAGUGAGUGGAGCUACGGCGGCCUGCGAGACGAAUAUGAAAAGCGACCCAAGAGUUCCUAUGUGACGCAGACCAGCCCCACACCGGCUAUAAGGCAGCGAUCUCGGUCAGGCUCUGGGCUGCAGGAGCCAAAUGUCCCCUAUGCAGCCAGCGGGGCUUUCAAGAACCCUCCACAGGCCCACCCAUACAGCUCUUACACCUACCCUCGCCUCUCGGAGAGUCUUACUAACUCACAGACCCUAGCCAAGGGUGACUAUGAGCAUCCGUUACGUGACAGCAGUCCGCAGGUUACGGGUGGUGACACCUACCCCCGAGGGCCUCUUAAGCAACCACAGAGCCACACCAAGCCUCCUGGCUACCCCCCAGUACACCUGCCCUACCCUCCUGUCUUUCACCAUUACAAACCUUCACCUUACCACCACCCCCCCUCCCAGCCUAGCCCACCAUACACCCCUCAGGGGGCCUAUUCACAGCCUUCAUCACCCUACAUCCCCCCGGGGGCCUACCCACCUCCUUCCUGGGGGUCCAGCUCCGACACUCAACCCUCCAGAGUCUCUCAUGAGCAGUUCAGAGCUGCACUUCAACUGGUAGUCAACCCAGGCGACCCGCGGGAAUACCUGGACAGCUUUAUCAAAAUCGGCGAGGGCUCCACGGGUAUCGUAUGCAUCGCCAGCGAGAAACACAGCGGCAAGCAGGUGGCUGUGAAGAAGAUGGACCUCAGGAAACAGCAGAGGAGAGAACUGCUCUUUAAUGAGGUGGUGAUCAUGAGGGACUACCAUCACGAGAACGUGGUUGACAUGUACAACAGCUACCUGGUGGGAGACGAGCUGUGGGUUGUCAUGGAGUUUCUCGAGGGUGGGGCACUCACUGACAUUGUGACUCACACCAGGAUGAAUGAGGAGCAGAUUGCUACAGUGUGUUUGUCGGUGCUGAGGGCUCUAUCGUACCUGCACACGCAGGGCGUCAUCCACCGCGACAUUAAGAGCGACUCCAUUCUCCUGACCAGUGAUGGCAGGAUCAAGCUAUCAGACUUUGGCUUUUGUGCCCAAGUUUCCAAAGAGGUGCCGAAGAGGAAGUCCCUUGUGGGUACGCCCUACUGGAUGGCACCAGAGGUCAUCUCUAGACUACCUUAUGGGACUGAGGUGGAUAUCUGGUCUUUAGGUAUCAUGGUCAUCGAGAUGGUGGACGGAGAGCCUCCUUACUUCAAUGAACCCCCUCUGCAGGCCAUGAGGAGGAUACGAGAUAACCUGCCCCCACGGCUAAAAGAGUCGCACAAGGUGUCCUCGGUUCUGCGGUCCUUCCUGGACCUGAUGCUGGUGAGGGAGCCCUCGCAGAGAGCCACAGCCCAGGAGCUCCUCCAGCACCCCUUCCUCAAGCUGUCUGGACCGCCUUCCUGCAUUGUCCCCCUCAUGAGACAUUAUCGCCACCGCUGACACGCUGGCCCAAAAAACCUGGCCUCCUUGACACUAAAAACACACACAUACACACACUACCAGGGUGGCACUGCCCUCACCCAGCCAAAAACACCCCACCGUUUGGUGGCGCGCCACUAACACUCACACCUGUAACCGUGAAGUAGAUUAGCUAGAGGAAUAUCUAAGAAAUACAUUUUAAAAAACACACGACAGAGAAAAGAAGAAAAAAAAUCUCCUACUAUUUUGAAACUAUGAACUGGAGUAGAAGAGUGUACUGUGUCAGAGGAACUCCAUCGUCGUCCAGUAGAAACGUGUGGGCUGGCUCGCCCUGCUGCACUCUUCUUUCUUCCUAGACUGUGAGUCUUCAGCUCCAUGUAGAGUUGUAGUAGCCAUCAGCGAGAGCUUCAGAGAGGUGUUGGCGAGCUGCUGGCGAGGUGGAGGGACCCUGGGGCCCCGGCACUCUGCUCCAGACCAGAGCAGCAGAGGGCAGAACAAUCAGCUGCGUGCAGAGAGGGGUCUUUGACUGGUAAUGACUGUUGUACGGCUGCUGCUGCGUCGUCAGUCAGUCCAUCUGUAGGACGGGCUGCUCAGCUGGUCAAAACGGAGACAAGCUCUCUUGUAUCUCUCCUCUCACACACUAACAGUGAAAAUGUAUUUUAGAGAAACUUGUAAGUUUUUCUGUACAGUUUUGAUAAUUUGCAGUAUUUUAUCGUGUCGUAACCAUUGUGAUAUGAGCAGUAUUAAAUAGAGUUUCUGCAGAGAUCUUUCCUACUGUUUAUAAUCCAGUUUUUGCUUAAAAAUAUAAGAGAUAUCCCAAAUAAACCCACCUAAACCUAACUGUUACUAAAAAUACUAAAUAUAUUUAUUAUCUUACAUUUGUAGACAGAACUUCCAUUAAAUGUUGGAAAAAAGGGUAAUGUCAGAAUUUUGUAUGACGUUUUAAAGUAUUUAUUUAUUUAUUGGAAUUGAAGGUUUAUUUUUUGGUAGUGUGGCCUUUUUUUUUGUUUAUUACGUUUUUUUUUUUUUUGUUGGGUUUUGAUUUACAUUUCUAAAAGCGCAUCGGCAGACAGUGAUAUCAGUUGUUAUAUCAUCCAAGCAAUACACCCAAACGUAUUUAUGAAACCAUGAAGCCCUGUAUUUACGAUACUGUAAAAUCAUUUAAAUGUAGCACAGAUUGAGUGGAUUUGACGAGAAAAGAUUUCUUCUACGCAGACCUGUUUUCUUUUUUAUUAGGAGUCUCAUCCUGUUUCUCUAAAUGCUAAGAGGCGCCCAUCCAAGACGCCCUCCUACCGCGCAGAUUUUAGGAUGCUGAUAAAAGGUCUCGUUUUCUACUCACAUCCUCACUGUCAUCAUCUCACUCCUUAUCCCACCUCAGUCAGACACACACUCACUAUCACUGGAACUGUGCUGCCAUUCUCAUCUCUGGUUGGACCGGGAGAACAGUGUAAUCCUCCUCCCUGCAUCGUUUUUACCCAUCGUUCACUGUGAUAUGUAAAUAUGACUGUGCGUACGUGAAUGUGAGCGUGCAUUUGUUUGUGUUGUGUGUGUGUGUGUGUGUGUGUGUGUGUGUGUGUGUGUGUGUGUGUGUGUGUGUGUGUGUGUGUUUGUCUGUGUAUGUCAAAGAGCAAAAGAGGUAGAGCGUGUUUAUCUCUGUACAACAUCUGAAAGCGUUCGUGUGUGUGUGCUGCUGACUAAUCCUUGACAAUGUGUCAAGACUUGAAUGAGUAACACUUAUCUGUGGUGUUGGCUUGUACAGUGAUAUUGCAUGUUUGUUAUCAGUGAAGCUGGUUUUAAUUAAAAAACGCCCAUAAAAACAUU